AUGGAGGAGAACCGUCGGAAUCGGGGCCAAGGCGGCAACAGCCGCCAAAAGUACGCCGCGGGCAAACACAAGGCGAAACUUGGAUCAGCGGAAUGGGCCAAGAAGAGGACGAGAAGCAUUCAGCGCAUGAUGAGCCGCAACGGUGAUAUACCCGCCAAUUUGCGCAAUGACAUGGAGCGCGAAUUAGCAGCCCACAAGAGCACAAUAAACGAAAAGACCUUUCAACGGCGGAGAAGCGCCAUGAUUUCGAAAUAUCACAUGGUCAGGUUCUUUGAGCGUAAAAAGGCUACUCGUUUGGUCAAACAGCUAAAGCGCCAACUCGAAGCGACGACCGACGACCACGAGCGCAGCAAACUACAGGCUGACCUGCACAUUGCUGAAGUCGAUGAGGCAUACACCAUGCACCAUCCUCACGCCGAAACGUACAUUAGCUUGUACGGCACGAUCAAAAAGGACGACGACGAAGACGCGACUGAGGAGGAGAAGAAGACUGCCGCUGCAAAGGCUGCUCUAGCCGCGGAGCGUCCGCCCAUGUGGAAGGUGGUCGAAAGCACCAUGGAAGAGGGCCCCGAUGCGCUGAGACAACUUCGAGAGCGGCGGUCAGCGACCGGUGAUGACGAGGCGAGCGCACCUCAACCCCGAUCGCGCGACAGCAGACCGGCGCCCCGAAAGGAGAGAAUGGCGAACGUCAUUGCCAAGCAGAACCAGUCCAAGAACGCAAGCAAGCCUACUGGUGACAGAAAGGCAGCUCCUGCGUCGGCUGGUGAGCAGCAGAGUGGCGCCAAGACGGGCGGACUGAAUCGCAGAGAGCGUCGCCGUAUUAUGCGGGAGACGAUGGCGUCCACUGACAAGGAAGACGACGAGGGCGGCUUCUUUGAGAUAUAG